CGACGCUGACCCGGGUAGGGGUAGCUUGGGUUGGGCGAGCUGAUUCCCGCUCCACGGAAAAGAAAAGAAAAGAGAAGAAAACAAGAGCAAAGCAGCCCACGCCCACCGAUUCCUUUCUUCCCCGCCCGCCCAAAGCCGAAGGAUGGGCGACAGCGCAGGGCCGACCCAGACCCAGACCCAGGCGACGCUGUGAGGAUCGAUUCUCCAGGUGGCUGUUUCUAUGUGGGAGGAGACUGGAGAGAAGAGGCCGGAGAGAGAGGGGAAAGCGGCCGGCUGCUGAGGCUUCCCCCCGGUCGUGAUCUGUGAUUCAUUCGUCAGGUAGUGAUCCAAGAGAUUAUUAACUGUACAAAACAGUACAAGAGACAAGAAACAGCAGAUUGUUCUGAAAUGGGGAGGCGAAGCAACAGGCGGUCCGCGGCGCAGGAUGACACCAAUGUCGGCUGCGUCUGGGGCCUAAUGCGCAUGGUCUAUUUCCGCCGCGACCCCAGAUUCCUGAUGGACGCGAAGCAGGCGGGCGGGAGGCAUAAGCUCCGGGAGAUCACAGACGGAAGGGACUCAGGGAAGAGGCCUAGGGAUUUUGAGGAAAUCGAAAAAGAUGAUAACAUAGAAAACGGCCCUUUGCAGCAACCAACCGUCAAAAAACUUAUGGAGGAAGAAUUGGGGCGUGUGAAUCUUUUGAGGACAGUUCCAAACAACGAGGUUCAGAGAAGAUUAGCUGAUCUGGGAAAUGACCUAUCUCUUGAUGGAAAUUCAGAGCAUACAAAUAACACAACAGGAACUUUAAAUCACGGCACGGAUAUCUCCGUGUCUCGUUUAUCUGGGUCAGUGGAUUCUGAGGGUUCUAAGAGCUUGAACCACGCUGAAUAUGAUCUCGAAUCUGUCUUGGCAAGCUUCUUAGGUGAGAUUUAUAGGUGCCACAAUGAAUGUCCACAUGAUGAUUGCAAGAGUAAUAGUGAAUUGUGUCCUUCAUUGAAGUCCCUAAUCCAUAAGAAGCUUAAUGACUUAAGCAAUCUUCAAUCCAAUAUUGAUUGUGAGCAACCUCAAGAGAGCAAGGGAGAAAAGCUACUGGCUGGUAAUGGCAUUUCUAGCAGCAGGACUGUUCAGUCCAAGGAAUUCAAGGAUGCUCUGGAGAUACUGGGUUCAAACAAGGAACUUUUCCUGAAGGUGCUUCAGAAGCCUAAUUCACAUAUGUUGGACAAUAUCAGAAACCACCAAAACAGUAGAUUGACAACCAAGUUAGAGCCCAAUAAAAAUCUUGGAGAAACUAAUUCCCUUGAAGAGACAAGAGGCUCAAAUCAUGACUUGUCUGCACCGGCACAGGCUAAGGAGAGCAAACAUAUGUUCUUCUGGAGGAAAGACAAGUCGAAAAUAAAGCAGAUGCUACCAGAAGGAAUUAAUGGAUCUCAGCUUGUUAGCAAAAUAGUUAUUCUGAAGCCAAAUCCAGGAAAAGGAAUUGAUCAGACAGUGACAAGCAGUGCAAGAUAUUUACAUCAGCAACCUAGUACCUCUCAAACUCCAGAGUACAGUGGGAGGGAAACCUCAAAAUUUUCAAUCAAAGAAGUCAGGAGGAGAUUCAGAAUUGUGACUGGUGAGACAAGAAGAGAAAGAAAUGCAGCACCUGCAGAUGACCUUCAAAGAGUUUCACGUUGGCAUUCCAUGAUUGCAACGAAGAAGAGUUCUGGGUAUCACACACAAGGGAGCUUGGCAGACAAAUCUGCAUCAAAUUUUAAGAACGACAUCGCCAGACCUUCAACCAGCAGCAAGCAAAAGCAACAAAAUGGCGGCGAGACUGAAAUUAGUGGUCAUAUAGCAGUGCCACAAGAUGAUUCUAUCUUCUACAAGGAGGCCAAGAAGCAUUUAACAGAUAUGCUAAAGGAUAACAAUAAGUCCGGCAACUAUCCAACAGCCCAGGUCUCAAAAUCCUUGGAAGGAAUGCUUUCGCUCCCUCACUGCGAUGUGUCAUCUCCUAGGAAUAGCCGUAGUGGAAAAUGCCACACUGAUCUCUCACCUGAAGAGACGGAUUCUUGCCUUGUACCCAUGGUUGACAGUGAAGAAACUACACAAGAGAGCAGUCAAUCAUGGGACGACUCACUGAGCAACACUGCACAUUGUCCUAGUAUAGCAGUUGAUGAUCAGGUGGUUGUUCAGGACAAAUGUAGCAUGAAAGAAGAACCACAAGAAGGACAAGGAGAUGUUACUGAUGUGGUAGACACCAUAUGUAUGGAAGAAAUUGGAAAAAUAGAUUGUUCUGAAACAAUCUGCAACACACAAUCCAUCUCAGCAGAACUAUGCAGAGAUAGCCCGCAGCCAGAUAUGAUAGAGGAAGCAGAGCAAGGAAAAGAACCUGUUAAAAUCUUGCUGAGCUAUCCUGAGAGCAUUGUUGAAUUGGAGCAGCAAGAACCAGGAACACCUGAACCAAGAGCAUCGGCCAAAUUUAUCUCAGAUUGUUCCCCCGAGCUAAGCCAUGACAAGCAAGAACAGCCCAGUCCUGUGUCUGUUCUUGAUUCAUUCUAUGAAGAUGUUGCAGAUCCUGAAUGCGAAAACAUUAAACAAUGUGAUCUGCAUGAAGAGUUGCGUGGAGCCCUGUACUUCCCAGAUAACGAAUCAGAUCUAAAGGUCUUUUGGGAGGACAAGAAUGUCCGAUUAGAUUAUAUAAAGUUGGUUUUGGAGCUCUCGGAAUUAUGCGCAGAACAGAAUUUAGAGGUAUGGUAUCUGGAGGAUGAGUUAAUCAGCCCUUGCCUGUUGGAAGAACUACCAAACCAAGGUGAUCAAAUAGAUGAUCUGAAAAUUCUGUUUGACUGUAUCUGCGAAGCUCUAACAGAGAUCCAGGAGAGAUAUUUUAGACUCUCUUCUUGGUUGUCGUUUCUCAAACACGACAUACGGGCACCUCCAAUGGGAGAAGACCUCGUCGCAGAAGUUGACAAAUAUGUUGACGAUUACCUCCGACAUAGUUUUCCAAGUACAUUAGACCAUACAAUAAAAAAGGAUUUCGAAGUUCGGACAUGGAUGGACAUUCGGUCGAAGACUGAAGGGAUCGUUGUGGAGAUAUGGGAGUUUGUGUUAGACGAACUUAUCGAUGAGGCUGUUUUCGAUUUGUGGAUUUGAAGCUCUGAUCAGGUCCCCUGUCGGUGGUGCUUUGUGAGGGGUAUACACACUAGGUAUAACUGUAGAGGUUUUCAUGCUGACAAUAACACCAUUUUACGUGGCAGAAUAACACGGGCUGUUUUGUUUGGCCUGUUUGAGUAAAGUAAUGAGAGUGUGAACUUCAACGACGUUUUGCUCGUCGAAGUGUGUAUAACUGCAGCGGAAGAAACUUCUCUGAUGCAUGACAGCGGAAGUUUCGACCUGCAAACCUCCCAGCCGUGCAGCUUGUCUAGACUAGAUGAAGUUUGGGCAGCCCGUCACAGCCAUGCCUCUUGGACAGCUAAAAUGCACAGCAGUCUGAAGGCUUUGCGGAUUUUCCUCUUGUACAUUGUGAUCAGAGGUGAUCACACAUGUAUAUUUUUUUCUUUUUGUGUUUGUGUGUACAUGUGUAAUAGUUUUUCGAGAAUCACACAUGUGUAACAGUUACCAUAAUACUAUAUGACAGAUCAAAUGCUACUGCAUGGUCUUCAUUUUGCGAAA